AUGAUUGACCAACGCAUUUUCGAGAAUCUCCAGACUAAGAUCGACGAGGAGACUACCGUCCGCGAUGAGCUCCAUGAUAUUGUUCAGACACUUGCCAGACGAGGACGUUCCACUCAGGCCAUUCUGUCGCGAGCUCAUUCCACACCUGCUGAUCAACUGAAGCCCGUUCUUGACGAUGUCACGACAGAAAUCCUUGCUCAGAAGCAAGAGGUUGCCCGUCUGAAGGCCGUGGCAGAUCAGCACCCCUUCUACAAGUACAACGGUCUGUGGACCCGUGAAUUGCAGAACCUGGUUGCCUCCAUCGAGCUUUGCGCGUGGCUCGGCGGCUUGCAGGAGCAUAAGGGACCUAGCUCUGCAUCAUUCAUGACUAUCGAGGAUGUGGGCAAGUUCCUAGAGAUUCCUGUCAACCUGAAAGAUCAGGAUGCCUUCCACCUCACCAUUGAGGAGUAUCUGCUGGCACUGAUUGCCAUGGUUGAGGAACUAGUUCGUGUCCCGGUCGUCGGUUUCCAUCCGCCUACCAUUACUAACUUCGCUCAGUCUCGCCUCGCCGUUAACUCGGUUACUCUGGGUGACUACACCCGGCCGAUGCAAAUCGGCAAUUUUAUCAAGGAGCUUUUCGCUGGCUUCCAGCUUUUGAACUUGAAGAACGAUAUCCUGCGCAAGCGCAGUGAUGGUAUCAAGUACAGUGUCAAGAAGGUCGAGGAUGUGGUUUACGACCUGUCGCUGCGGAAUCUUGUUCCCAAAGGCGGCGCCUCCGCCUAG